CUUACGAAGUGCCUCUUCUAAUGUUGUAAUACAAAUUACAUUAAGCCAUAGUAGCUUUACAGACUUUUUUUUGUACCCAGGAGUACAUUGGAAUCACCCUUCUCAGCAUUAGCGGUGCUCGGGUCCGAUAACAACAUGGCGGCGUCCGAGAGGGGUUGUUUUGGGCAAAGGUAGUGUUUGGUGUUCCUGUCUUGCGUGAUGUUGACAAACUGAAGCUUUCCUGGACCACUCGACUUAACGAAGAGUGUGCUCGUAGGCGGACAGCUUUCGUGACCCGCCGUCCACUCUCAUCCCCCAUAAGGAGCAGAGUCCUUAGUACUGAUCGCGAUGAGCAACAUCUACAUCCAGGAGCCUCCCACGAAUGGGAAGGUUUUACUGAAAACUACAGCUGGAGAUAUUGACAUAGAGUUGUGGUCAAAAGAAGCUCCUAAAGCUUGCAGAAAUUUUAUACAGCUUUGUUUGGAAGCUUAUUAUGACAAUACCAUUUUUCAUAGAGUUGUGCCUGGUUUUAUAGUCCAAGGUGGAGAUCCUACUGGCACAGGGACUGGUGGAGAGUCUAUCUAUGGAGCACCAUUCAAAGAUGAAUUUCAUUCACGGUUGCGUUUUAAUCGGAGAGGACUGGUUGCCAUGGCAAAUGCUGGUUCUCAUGAUAAUGGCAGCCAGUUUUUCUUUACACUGGGUAGAGCAGAUGAACUUAACAAUAAGCAUACCAUCUUUGGAAAGGUUACAGGGGAUACAGUAUAUAACAUGUUGCGACUGUCCGAAGUAGACAUUGAUGAUGAAGAAAGACCACAUAAUCCACACAAAAUAAAAAGCUGUGAGGUCUUGUUUAAUCCUUUUGAUGACAUUAUUCCAAGGGAAAUUAAAAGGUCAAAAAAAGAGAAACCGGAGGAGGAAGUAAAGAAAUUGAAACCCAAAGGCACAAAAAAUUUUAGUUUACUUUCAUUUGGAGAGGAAGCUGAGGAAGAAGAGGAGGAAGUAAAUCGAGUUAGUCAGAGCAUGAAGGGCAAAAGCAAAAGUAGUCAUGACUUGCUUAAGGAUGAUCCACAUCUCAGUUCUGUUCCUGUGGUAGAAAGUGAAAAAGGUGAUGCCUCAGGAGAUUCAGAUGAUGAUGGAGAAGAUGAAAGUGCAGAGCACGAUGAAUAUAUUGAUGGUGAUGAAAAGAACCUGAUGAGAGAAAGAAUUGCAAAAAAAUUAAAAAAGGACACGAGUACGAAUGUUAAAUCAGCUGGAGAUGGAGAAGUGGAGAAAUCAGUCAGCCGCAGUGAAGAGCUCAGAAAAGAAGCAAGGCAGUUAAAACGGGAACUCUUAGCAGCAAAACAAAAAAAAGGAGAAAAUGCAGCAAAACAAGCAGAAAAAACAAGUGAAGAAGAAGAAGCCACUCCAGAUGGUGCUAUUGCAGAAUACAGAAGAGAAAAGCAAAAGUAUGAAGCUUUGAGGAAGCAACAGUCAAAGAAGGGAACUUCCAGGGAAGAUCAGACUCUUGCACUGCUGAACCAGUUUAAAUCUAAACUCACUCAAGCAAUUGCUGAAAUGCCUGAAAAUGACACUCCUGAAACAGAAGUCGAAGAUGAUGAAGGAUGGAUUGUCCUACUUUGCCAAAAGGAAAACAAAAACGGAUGUCACAUGUACUUCAGUUUGAGGAUAAAAGCAGAAAAGUGAAAGAUGCAAGCAUGCAAGACUCAGACACAUUUGAAAUCUAUGAUCCUCGGAAUCCAGUGAAUAAAAGGAGGAGGGAAGAAAGCAAAAAGCUGAUGAGAGAGAAAAAAGAAAGAAGAUAAAAUAAGAAUAACGAUAACCAGAACUUGCUGGAAAUGUGCCAGCAGUGGCCUUGUAACAGCCAUUGUUCCCAACAGCAUCACUUAGGAGUGUGAAAAGAAGUAUUUCCGAACCUGUUGUCUGGUUUUGAAAAACAAUUAUCUUGUUUUGCAAAUUGUGGAAUGAUGUAAGUAAAUGCUUUUAGUCACUGGUACAUGCGUUUUUUUCCUACCUGACCUUUUAUAUUGCUAAAUCUGAAAUAAAAUAAUUUUCCUUCCUUGUUACAUGUUAA